AUGAUAGUUCAACAGACUGAUGAUUUUCCUGGAGAAAAUUUAUUUAUAAAUGAUAGAGCUCAGUAUAUUGUAUUCCUUACACAUGAGUUUAAUGUGGCUAAUACGUCCUGCUUUCAAUUGUACACUGUCUCUUUUCCAUGUUUACAUCAUUUUCCCUGUUUCUGUUCUGUUUCAGUGCUGAUUUCAUUUGUACCCCUGCCACAUGCUCAAGGGAGUCCUAAAGCUGUCGUGUCCAUAAAACCUGAUAAAAAUGUGUACAUUGGAGAGAGAGUUACUCUCAGAUGUGAUGUACAGGAAGGAGGAGACACUGAGUGGACAUACAGCUGGUAUAAGAAUAAUGACAGAGUCUACACAAAGAGAGGAGACAGAGUCUAUACAGAAAACACAGUGCAGGAGGUCAGUAUCAGGUCUGUUAGUGACUCUGACCAUGGUAACUACACCUGUCGAGGACAGAGACGUGACUCUCAGAGCUCAGACAUCGGUGAUGCUGUUACACUGACUGUAUCAGAGAGACCACGGGCAGUACUGAGUGUAUCUCCACAGAGCUGGCUGACUGAAGGAGACUCAGCGACUCUAAGCUGUGAGGUUACAAACUCCUCUACAAACUGGACAUUCAGCUGGUACACAGUUGUUCUCUACAGAAACAAUAAUGGUCAUAUCAGUGCUAAAAAAAAGCUUCUCUCAGACAGCAGCAGAGGAUCCAGAGGCUCCUACACUCUCAGUCCUGCUGCUCUUAACCACACAGGAGUUUAUGCGUGCAGAGGAGAGAGAGAAGAACGACCCUCUUACACAAAUUACAGCAAUCUACUGCUACUAUGGAUCACUGGUGAAUCUCCUCCAGUCUCUCUGAUCAUCAAUCCCAGCAGAACUCAACACUUUACUAAAGACUCUCUCUCACUCAGCUGUGAGGACCAGAGUAACUCUACUGAAUGGACAGUGAGACGAUACACACACAGUGAGGGAGUGUUAGAUUGUUCACGGUGGGGAUCAGUUACAGGAUCUACAUGUAAAAUCAGCUCCCUUUCCACAUCACGCACUGGAGUUUACUGGUGUGAGUCUGAAUCUGGAGAGAACAGUAAUCCUGUCAACAUCACAGUGCAUGGUGAGUCUUCAUAUGGUGAUGUGAUCCUGGAGAGUCCUGUCCAUCCUGUGACUGAGGGACAUCCUCUGACUCUACGCUGUUUAUAUCGCAACACAAAUUCCUCAAACCUCCGAGCUGAUUUCUAUAAAGAUGGAUCAGUUCUCCAGACACAGACUACAGGAGAGAUGAUCAUCCGAACUGUCUCAAAGUCAGAUGAAGGUUUCUACCACUGUAAACACCCAGAGAGAGGAGAGUCACUGAAAAGCUGGGUCUCAGUCAGAGAAGCUCCAUUCUCCGUGCUCAUGCUGAUCAGUAGUGUAGUGACGGCCUCUCCGUAUCUGCUGGUGACCAUCAUUCUGCUGGUCAAAUGUUACAGAGCUCGAGCUCACACUGAUGAAAAGAGAAUGGAGAAUACAGUCACAGAGGAGUGAAGUUCAUCUAACAAAAAGAGGAUACAAUGCUGUUUUCUAUAAGGUUAUUUUGGGAAUUUUAUAAUAAUAAUAAUAAUAAUAAUAAUAAUAAUAAUAAUAAAGAGAAGAAAUAAGCUAAUAUUUUGAUGCAGUGUGUGAGGAUAGAGCUGUGCUUCUGAAAAAAAAAGUGUUUUAUAUUAUGUUUGAAUUUUUCUUUUCAGCUCUGUGAAUUUUAGUUGUAGUUGUGAUUUUUUUUUUUAAUAAAUGCAUCAUUAUCAAUUCACUGAAUUUAACCUGGUUGCAGUAAUAUAUCAUAUGAAGUACAAGUAAACUCUUAACAACUACUUCUGUUCCUUUUUAAAUAUCAGCAUUUUUAUUUUAUAUUUUUAUACAAUCAUAUAUUGGUAUUAAACCAUUUAUUGAGCCUAAAUAAA